AUGUCCAGCCUCCACGUCGUUCCGGCCAAUCCGAAGCCGCCACCUCAGCACCGCCGCCUCCCGCGCCCAACCAGGAGGCGACACAUCGCCUCACCGCUCCCCUCCACCGCACGGGCCCACGAGCCCAUCCGUGGCCCGCCGGGCUCGAUCGCCGCCAUCGCACGCCCGCGGGCGCGUGCCCGCACCCGCAACCUCGCCGCCCGGCCGCAGCUCCUCCCGAGCGCCGCCAACUCCGCCUCCGGCGACCGGACCUCGCCGGAGAUGAGUGCUCCGCCGCCCUGCCCGUCGUCUCCUUCCUCCCUCCGCUCGUUCUUCUCUCCCUCACCUUCCUCUUCCUCUCCCGCAGGAGCUCAUGCCAUGGCCGUCCCGCCGUCACCGCAACCGGAUCCCGCCUCCACGAGCACCGCCGUCGACCACCGCGGCUGGAUCCGGGGUCCCCAUGCCCAGAUCCACCCUUUCCCGGCCUUCCCGAUGCCCACCGGAGUCCCACACCCCCUCGCCGCCGGCGUUGACUUCCGCCAUGGCUGCUCUGUACGAGGAAUGGAUCUCCCCCGACCUGGAUCUCAUUUCUGCGCUGGGUAG